AUGCCAGAUUCACCAGUGUUAUCAUAUAAGAAGCCAAGUCAGAAUAAUAACUCUUCCCGAAGAGUGUCUUCAUCAGUUCCUUCAACACCAAAUUUGUCACAACCUGAUUCUCCAAUUGGGUCUCAACAUUUUCAACUGCCAUCAUCAAUAGAUUCACCAAGAUCAUCUAUUUCAACCAUUCCAACUACGAGAAAAGUAUCAUCUAGAAGAAAAGCAUUACAGGAAUUUUAUCAUUUAAAUCAGAAUAAUAAUCAUGAUGAUGAUCCAAAUUCAUCAUCUUCUUCAAGUUCUCAAAUUGGUGUUACAUCUGUUGAAAAUUUAGAUAUUUCCAAUCCAGAGAAUAUUGAGAAUAUGAUUAAGAAUUCACCUAUUGAAGAUAUAUUAAAAUUAAGGAAUUCCUUGUCUUCAAAACUAAAUUCAUCUAAUCAAACUAAAAAAUCAAUUAUUUAUGAUAAUUAUUAUGAAUUGAUCAAAUUAAGCAAUACGUUAGCAGAUUUAUCGACAGCUAGAUUGCCAUCUAAAAAAGAAUCAAAUUUGGUAUUUAAACUAUACACCGAUGAUGAUGACGACUCUACUACUAACAAGAAGGAGAAAGAGAUGACUAAGGAAGAAUAUGUUGAUAAAACACUUGAUGAAUUAUCAGAUUUUGUAUCUACAGAGGGAGACAAAUUUAAUGGUUCAUUUAAAGAAGUACUCGAUAAACUAAAUAGUUCUGUUGCAUCAGAUAGUGCAAGUAUACUAACUUUAAGAGACGAUGACGAUGAUAAUGAUCAAUUAGAACAAUCUGAAAAACAAAAAAUAAUAGAUCACAUUAAUUAUAUAUUAGAUUUACCCAAUCAAGCAGACUUGGAUGACACAACAAAAGAAGAAGCUAUUCAAGAUAUAAAAAAUAUACUACAGGAAAAUCCAGAUAACGAAUUACUUGCAUUACAAUUAACCAAGAUUGAAAACACACUUUUAUAG